GAGGCAGCACACAGGUCGUGUUUAGCAGCAAAAGAACACUACGUACGCUCCUCUCGUCUGCCUCUCUUCCCUUUUUUGUUUGUGUGUGUGUGUGUGUGUGUGUGUGUGUGUGUGUGUGUGUGUGUGUGGAUAGUUGACGUCUCGUUGUUGUUGCGAGAAGCGAGAAGAAGCCGAGCAUCCUGCACCCCGCCUGCAGCGAUGGGAGAAGCCGAGACGCGGCAGAAAUUGCUGCGCAAUGUGAAGAAAGAGGUGAAACAGAUCAUGGAGGAGGCGGUGACCCGGAAGUUCGUGCACGCCGACAGCAGCCACAUCAUCUCCUUCUGUGCCGUGGUGGAGGCCUGCGUGCUGCACGGACUCAAGCGGCGCAUCGCGGGGCUGCUGUGCAGUAACAAGGUCGCGGCGCUCUUCAUGAAGGUGGCAAAGAGCUGCUCGCCCGCUGAGCAACUCUGUCACAAGGUCCAAGAGCUGGAGCGCCUCAUAGAAAACAGCAAACAGAACAACUCUUUGCAGAGCAACGAGCGCAGUCGGCAGUCCAAGUUGAACAACCUCCCCCCUCAAGCGCUCAAACAUCUGUGGAUACGAACUGCUUUGCUGGAGAAGCUGCUGGACAAAAUCGUCUUGUAUUUAGUGGAGAACUGCAGUACGUACUAUGAGAAAGAAGCCAUGCUGAUGGACCCCGUGGACGGGCCCAUUCUUGCGUCCCUAUUGGUUGGUCCUUGUGCUUUGGAGUACACCAAAGUCAAGACAGCAGACCACUUCUGGACCGACCCGUCUGCUGACGAACUGGUCCAGAGGCACCGCAUCCACAGCGGCCACUGUCGACAAGACUCUCCCUCAAGAAGACCAGCCCUGAUCCAGAAGAGACAGUCCAGUGGCAGCAUGGACGAUCGUCCUCUGGUGUGGGCGAGGGAGUACGUGGAAUCUCUCCACCAGAACUCCAGAGCCACUUUGCUGUUCGGCAAGAACAAUGUUCUGGUGCAGCCGAGGGACGACAUGGAGGCCAUCCCAGGGUACUUGUCUCUGCACCAAACUGCAGAUCUGAUGACACUUAAAUGGACACCAAACCAGCUGAUGAACGGGAAUGUCGGAGAGUUGGAUUCUGAGAGGAGUGUCUACUGGGACUUCGCCAUGACGAUUCGCUUGGAGGAGAUUGUGUAUCUACACUGUCAUCAGCAAGUGAACAGCGGCGGAACAGUGGUUUUGGUGAGCCAGGACGGUAUCCAGAGACCCCCUUUACACUUCCCUAAGGGGGGCCACCUGCUACAAUUUCUCACCUGCCUGGAGACAGGCCUGCUACCUCACGGCCAGUUGGACCCGCCGCUCUGGAAUCAGAGAGGGAAGGGAAAGGUUUUCCCCAAAUUGCGUAGGAGGAGCCCACAUGGGUCAUGUGACUCGGUGUCUGACAAAGAGGAUGAGGAAGCCACCGAUUAUGUGUUCCGGAUCCUCUUUCCUGGGAAUCAAAUGGAGUUCAUGGGUUUAGAGCUGAUGGACCAGGGUAUGACCAUGUGGCAACCAACCGCCAGGAAGUCCUCCUGUUCCUCCUGCUCACAGAAUGGAUCAUCUGACGGCUCUCUGCCUAAUGGCUGCAAUCAAGAACGGGCUCCCCUAAAGCUUCUUUGCGACACCAUGAAGUACCAGAUCAUCUCACGGGCUUUCUACGGAUGGCUGGCGUACUGCCGCCAUCUGUCCACAGUUCGCACCCACCUCUCGGCUCUGGUCAACACCAAUAUCGUCGUCCCCGAUGUGCCUUCGGAUGCCCAAGGAGGCCUCUCUGCGGACGUCUGGGCCAAGUUCCUCCACGACAGCUCUGCCUACGAGGAACAUGAGAUACACAGGCUUGUGUAUUUCGGCGGUGUGGCACCUUCACUACGCAAAGAGGUGUGGCCCUUCCUGUUGGGACACUACAAGUUUACAAUGAGCGAGAAGUGCAGGAUGGAGACUGACCAGCAGAUGCGCGCCUUGUACGAGCAGAACAUGAAGGAGUGGCAAGGUUGUGAGGCCAUCGUGCGCCAAAGGGAGCGAGAGAAGCACGCCGAGGCCCUCGCUAGAUGUUCGUCAGGCGCCAGCGUCGAGAGGGGGCCUGUCGAGCGGGACUCCACCAUCAGCACGGAUUCGUCGCUCAGCAGUAACUCAGAUCAGCAGAAUGUGCAGUCACAGAGCGACUCCAGCAGUAGUGCACUGGUGUUUGUAUCGGUCGAUGCCGGCGAUCUGAUGGAGACGAGACCGGAAGAAAGUCAAAAGCAGCACAACAAUCCAAUUAAGGACAUCCCUGCUAGUCCUGUUAGCUCCAGGAAACGAUCCGACCCUACAGGUUCAACGGAGCCAGUGAUUGAAUCUUCUCAGCAGUCAAUGGACACAUCAGAGGUCGUCAACGUACAAUCUGUGGAUGAAUCACUGCCACACAGUGAAAAUAUUCUAGACACAAGAGCAAAGGACGGCUUCUUAGACAUUGAAAGGAUGGAGACUGAAAGUGACGGGGGUGAGGAUGUUGGAAACACAAUGAAAUUAGAGUGCUCUGACGCUGAGAAGUCUAAAAAUGCUAAUGAGAAAGCUGGUUUUGUAAAAAGUAUAAAUACAAACAAGGAUGUAAGAUCUCCCCCAGGGAACACCAAUAUUAUCAAGCUGGAAACUGAGAUUCAGAACAAAUAUUUCCAAGCACCUCCGAUGGGUCAGGCUUUACAUUUUCAAGCACAAAAUACUAAAGAUCAGGACAGUAAAUCAGUUUCUCUGGUAACACUAGAGGAAAUUCUACAAAUUGGGGCUGAACCAGAGUGUUUAGAAAAAGGAGAUUCAAAAGCAAUUUCAGUUGAGGCAAUGGAUUCUGUGUGUGAAGCCAGAAAAGUGUCAGACAUCCCAUUUGAGAAAGGCUCAAACUCACCUGUAAGGCAAGUCCUUAAUGCUCUCCAGUCGGCAUCCCGCGGGAGCCUUUCGCUGUCCUCCCACACCCGGCCGUCCCCGGACUCGGACGAUUCCCCCUCCGCCUUAGAGAUGGAGGACAUCCCUGCCGGGGUGACAUGUUUGAACCUGGAGGAAAUUAGCAUUAGGCCUUUGACUGCCCUCGCCGCCCCUCCGGCCUCGCUGGCUCGGAGAGGGAAGACAGCACCUGAGGACCUGGUCUUAGAUCACCAUCUGGACACAGCUUGCAACACCAGUCCUGAGGGCACGGACCUGGGACUUUCCGAAGAUGAGCCUGACACCGAAAAUGUGUUCACAGCAUCGGAACCUGUAGAGGCCGCAGGAGAGUCUAAAUGUGACAAAUCCUUGGUGCACAAAACCUACUCUCAAGAAACACUGGACAUGUAUCUGAUCAACUUGCAUCGCAUCGACAAAGAUGUCCGACGGUGUGACAGAACCUAUUGGUACUUCACUCCAGAAAACCUGGACAAGCUGAGGAACAUCAUGUGCAGCUACGUGUGGCAACAUCUGGACACAGGUUACGUCCAGGGCAUGUGCGAUAUACUGGCUCCCCUUCUGGUUAUUCUGGAUAACGAGGUGAUGGCGUUCAGCUGCUUCACUGAACUGAUGAAAAGAAUGAACCUGAAUUUUCCUCAUGGGGGCGCCAUGGACUCACAUUUUGCCAACAUGCGUUCUCUUAUCCAGAUCCUGGACUCUGAGCUGUUUGAACUGAUGCAACAAAACGGCGACUACACUCACUUCUACUUCUGCUACCGCUGGUUCCUACUGGACUUUAAAAGAGAAAUGGUCUAUGACGAUGUGUUCUCCGUUUGGGAAACCAUCUGGGCGGCGGCGUACUCAACAUCUGAGCAUUUUGUGCUUUUCAUCGCAUUGGCGCUGGUGGAGAUGUACAGGGAUAUCAUCCUGGAAAACAACAUGGACUUCACGGAUAUCAUCAAGUUCUUCAAUGAAAUGGCAGAUCAUCACGACGUCCCGCAGGUCCUGAUGAUGGCCCGAGACUUAGUCCACAAAGUGCAAACACUUAUAGAAAACAAGUGAGCAGCGUACUCGCCUGUUUAGGUGGUUUUAAAGAUGACACACACAAAAAGCAAACAAAACAAAAUAUACAGUUGCAAGAAAAAGUAUAUAAAAACCCUUUGGGAUCACUUGUAUUUCUGCAUAAAUUGGAUAUUAUAUGUGUUCUGCUCUACAUCUAAGUCACAACAACAGACAAAAUCUGCUUAAACUAAUACAGCACCAAAAAAAACAUUUUUUUAUUCAACAGAAUAUGUGAACAUUUACAGCGCAGAGUGGAAAAGUAUGCGAACAUUUGAUUUUAAUAAUUGGUUGACCCUUCUUUGACAACAAUAACCUCAACCAAACGUUCGCUGUAAUUGCAGAUCAGACUUGCACGACGGUCUGGAGGACUUUUUGACCGUUACCCUUUAAAAAAGUGUUUCAGUGCAGCGAUAGUCUGGUGUAAAAUUCUUGCUUGAGGUCAUGCCACAGCACCUCAAACGGGCUGGGGUCAGGAAUCUGACUGGGCCACUCCUGGAGUUCUGUUGAUUUACUUUUUACGGUUUGGGUCAUUGUCCUGUUGCAUCACCCAUCCUCUUUUGGGCUUCAGUUGGCAGACAUGUGAUUUUAAGUUUUUCUAUAAUAUGUUUUGAUACAAUUGGGAAUUCAUUUUUCUGGCAAUGACAGCAAUCUGUCCAGACUCUGAGACACCAAAGCAGCCCCAAACCAUGAUGCCUCCUCCACCGUAUUUCACUGUUGAGAGGUUUUGAUGUUGGUGUACUGUGCCUUUGUUCCUCCACUCAUAGCGUUGUGUUCCUCCACUCAUAGCGUUGUGUUCCUCCCAAACAACUCAAUAUUUGUUUCAUUUGUCCACAGAAUAUUUUAACAGUAGUGCUGUGCAACAUCGAGGUGCUCUUUGCAAUCAAUCAAUCAAUGUUUACUUAUAUAGCCCUAAAUCACUAGUGUCUCAAAGGGCUUGCAAACUUCAAACGUGUAGCAAUAUUUUUCUUUGACAGCGGCGGCUUCCUCCGUUGUGUCCCAUGAACUCCACUCCUGUUCAAUGUUUUCCUUAUUGUUGGUUGGUCAACAAAAUUGUUAGCAUGUGCCAGAGAUUUUUGUAGGUCUGUAGUUAACACUCUUGGAUUAUUUUUCCCUCAUUGAGCAUUCUGCGCCAUGCUCUUGCGGUCAUCUUUACAGGAUGACCACACCGAGAGAGUAACACUGCUGAACUUUCUCCAUUUGUAGGCAGUCUGUCUUACCGUGGACAGAUGGACAUCAAGGCUUUUAGAGAUACUUUUGUAAUCCUUUCCAGCUUCAUUGAUCAUAGGUUUUUAGGGAGCGCUACUGUGCUAAGCAAGUGUUCACAUCAGGCAUACUUUGUGAGAACAGCAAACUCAAAACCGGUGUUUUUCUAGGGCAGGGCAGCUUGAACUAACACCUGUAAUCUCAUCACAUUGGUUGGACUCCAGGUUGGCUGAUUUCUGGCUCCAAUUGACUCUUGGAGAAGUAAUAAAUUUAGGGGUUCAUACUUUUUCCAUACCUAGUGUGAACACAUUGUGUUGGAAAAAAAACAACAGGAAAACAUAACAUUUUAAGUGCAGUAUAAAUUUAAGUAGAUUGUUGUGACCUAAAUAAAGAUCAGAACUAAUUUUAUGCCCAAAUUAUGCAGAAAUCCAAGUAAUCCCAAUGGGUUCACAUACUUUUUCUUGCAAAUGGAACUAAAAUGCAGUAACACGAGUGCAGCGGUUUUAAGUGGUUGCUCCUUUCUAUAAUUGGUAAGAUGCAAUUGAAGGGCGAGUAAAUGUAUUUUCCAAGCGCUGUUCACCUCGUGAAUGUACUUUCAUCGAAACUGCUUCAAGAUCUUAUUUUGCCUUAAAUAUUUUUUCAGGGAUACGGCAAAUGUCAGAUCAUUUAAUCACACCGUCGCAUUCAAUUGUUAGGAUUCAAAUUGGGUGCUGCUAAUGACCAAAACAAUUGAUUAGUGUUGGGGUGUGUCCAAGUGGCUUGUGCAAUUCCUGGUGUGUUAGUCGAUAACCAUUAGGCUUGAUGCCUCCUAAAAGCUGCUUGGCAUCUGUCUUGCAGAAUAUCCUUAGCCAGCUCAUUUCUGUCCCAAUCCUUUACAUCUUAACAAAAACCGUGUUGAACAUUUUUUCUGUGUAGUUUCAUUUUGGUGCUCGCCGACUCACUUUAGUGUGCUCAAACAAAACGGAUUACUAGAUUUAUCACUAAACAUAAAUCAGUGAACUCUGGGAUUUUUUUGUGUGAUGACUAAGACAAUGUGAUCUUACUUUAUGAGGUCAAUUUUUUGCAUUUGUAAAAAAAGGUCAGUUCAGUGGUAUCUUAAGUUGGGUCUGUGAAUGUUGUCAUGUCAGGCUUUUAACCAAAUAGACGUAUACUAUAAAUGGUAAGGUUCAGGCAUCCAGAAGGGGUAAAUUACAUCCAUGGGUAACACCAAAACCAUUUUAAAAUUUGCCAGUCGGUUACAACCCCACAGUGUUUCAUUAUCACUGCUUUAAGUGUUCCCAGAUGUUCCUCUGAAACAGGCCAGUGUUGUUUGUGAAUUGUUGUGCUGCUCUUUGUCAGAAGAUUAACCGUAUACAAUGUGAGAUCCAUUGUAAAAACAAAUUAGCACAUAUGAAAUGCAAUACAAUGUCUAUAAAUGGGAUUCAUCUGAUUAUAAUGAAGAGAGAGUUACUAAACAUAUUUAAUUGGAGACAUUUAUUUUUUUCCUGUCUUCUCAAAAAUGUAAGCCGUUAGAAUUAAUUUAUUGUGAAUUAAAAUAUUCUAUUUUGCAUUUGAUGUGUUGUGUGUGUAUUGUUGAGCAUUAAAAUGGGGACAAAGUUCUGAGCUCUUAGGCUACUUUUAACCUACGAACAAAUGCAUUUAAAAAAUAAAAAAAAAACAAGCUUGUAGCGGAAAGUCUGCAAAUCAAACAUUUUAUUGGUAAAAAAAAAAUAGUGAACAGCCAACAUGAAUCAGUAUUUGAAAACAUUUAGGAAUCUGAUUUAGAAGAUACUGAAUAGCAUCACAGUUUGAUAUCAUUUUUUAAAUGUGUGAGUGCUUGAUAUAACAUGAAGUAAACUGGAUUUAUUAAGAUGGACAUUUCAAGGAUUAGUUCACCAAACAAGCUACAUAACGUAAUGCACAUCAGACGAAUCAACA